AUGCCUCCAAAAAAGAGUAAAGGAAAAAAGAAGGAUGAUGAUUGGGGCGAUGAUGAGGCAAUUGAGGCUAAAAUUGCAUCUUUGGCAAUAGAAGUAGAUGAGGAAAUUUCUGCUCCAAUUAUUAAUAAAAACAAAAAGAAAAAGAAGGGUUUUGCAUUGAUAGUUGAGGAUAUUGAGGAUGAGAUUGAAAUUGAGGAUAAAAAAAGCGACGAAAGUGAGGUAGAUGAAAGUACAGAAGCACAAAUGGAGAGAGCAAAAGAAUUUUUUAAAAAACAAAAGACUAAGAAGAAGGAAAAAGGAAAGAAAGCCAAAAAAGCUGCUAAAGAGGAGGAAGAAGCUGAUUUUGAUUCAAUUAUUGCUACAUUAAAAGAUUCAAAAGAUAAACCAAAAAAGAAAAAAGAAGUUGAUUCACUAGAAAUUGAAAAAGUAGAUGAAAUUAAAAAGGAGGAUGAUGUUAAUGUUAAGAAGACUGUUGAUAAAAAAGAUUCAGAACCUAUAAAGAAAGAAGCAGACGUUGAGGGAGAACCUCAAAAAGUUUCUAAAAAAAAAAAGAAAGCUGGUAAAGACAAGAAAAAGGGUGAUGAUGAUAAGGGUGAGGAGAAAGUUUCUCAAAUUAAAGAAGAUAGCACUAUAAAGGAGGAGGAACCAGUUGGCGAAAAAGAGGAUGAUAAAGACUCUGGUAAGAAACAAAAAAAAGUUAACAAAAAGAUGGCUGCUUUGAAAUUAUUAUUGGAAGCACAAGAAAAAGCUAAAGAAGAAGCUGAGAAAAAGGCUAAAGAAGCGGAAGCACUUUGGGAGGCACGAGAAAAAGAGCGUGAAGAAAAAGCACGACUAGAGGAGGAAAGAAGAGCUAAAAUUAAAGCUGAAAAAAAAGAACGUGAAGCUCAGUUAAAAAAAGAAGGAAAAUGGUUGACACCAGCUCAAAGACUUGCACAACAACGAGCUAAAGAACUUUUAGAAGCUCGUGGUAUAAAAUUGCCUGUUACUGAUGAAAAGAAAGAUGUUCCUGUUGAUGGAAAACGUAAGGCAUUUUUAUAUGAUACUAAAAAGAAAAAGCAACAACAAAAUCAACAACACAAAAAAAAAGAGGAAAUGAAAAAAAUUGAGGAAGAAAAAAUUGCAGCUGAGAAAAUGAAAGCAGAAAGUGAGGAGAAAAAUAAACAAGAAGAGAUUCUUGAUGAUUGGGAAAUGGCAGAUGAUAUUGAAAAGGAAAAGAAACCUGAAAUUUCCAAACAUUCCAGUAAGGAUGAAGAAAGUGAAGAAGAGUCAGAAUCAGACGAAGAUGAAGAUGAUGAAGAGGAAAGUGAUGAGGAAUCAUCAGAAGAGUCUGAGGAUGAGACACAUUUGAACAAAAUGACAAAAGAAGAAAUUGAUAAUAUGGUUCGUGCUCGAUUUAAAAAGCGUAAAACUUUAAACGAUAGUAAGAAAUCAACUGAUAAUCUUAGAUCACCAGUUAUAUGUGUUCUUGGUCAUGUAGAUACAGGUAAAACAAAAAUGUUAGAUACUAUCAGAAGGACAAAUGUUCAACUAGGUGAAGCUGGUGGUAUAACACAGCAAAUUGGUGCUACAUUUGUUCCAGGUGAUGCUAUUAAGGAAAGAUGUAAAAUGGUUAAAACAUUUAAUAAAGACAAAAUGAAAAUACCAGGUUUCCUCAUUAUAGAUACACCAGGUCACGAAUCUUUUGCUAAUCUUCGUACCAGAGGAUCUUCAUUAUGUGAUAUUGCUAUUCUUGUUGUUGAUAUUAUGCAUGGUUUAGAACCUCAAACAAUUGAAUCAAUCAAAUUACUUCUUAAAAGAAAUACACCAUUUGUCGUUGCUCUUAAUAAGAUCGAUCGUCUUUAUGGUUAUGAAUCUAAUCCUAGAAGAGAUAUAUGGGAACAUCUUGACAGUCAACCAUCAAAUACUCAAUUAGAAUUUAAAGAAAGAUUCCAAAGUAUUUUUGCACAAUUUGCUGAACAAGGCUUAAAUAUUGCUUUAGCUAAAGAUAAUGAUGAUGUUGAAGAAUAUAUUUCUGUUAUUCCAACAUCUGCUUUUCUUGGUGAUGGUAUUGCUAAAAAAAUUGCUUUUAGUAAUGAAUUAGAAUGUUUUGUUAUGGAAGUUCGUGCUAUACCUGGCCUUGGUACAACUAUUGAUGUUAUUCUUUUAAAUGGUACUUUAAAAUCUGGAGAUAUUAUAGUACUAACAGGUACUGAUGGUGCCAUUAUUACCCAAGUUAGAGAUCUUCUUAUGCCAUCUCCAUUAAAAGAAAUUAGAGUUAAGAAUGAAUAUCAAAGAUUCAAAAGUAUUAAAGGAGCACAAGGUGUUAAGAUUUUAGCAAAAAAUUUGGAAAAAGCUGUUGCCGGUUUACCAUUAUUUGUGGCUAAUCGUGAAGAUGAAAUUGAAAUAUUAAAGGAAGAUGCUGAGACACAACUUGAAAAAGCUUUAACUGCUAUAAAAAGGAAACCUGAAGGUGUUUAUGUACAGGCAUCUACACUUGGUUCAUUAGAAGCAUUAUUAGAAUUUUUAAAGAGUCAAAAAAUUCCAUAUUCUAAUGUUAAUAUUGGUCCAGUUCAUAAAAAAGAUGUUCAAAAGGCUGCAGUUAUGUUAGAACAUAAUCCAGAAUUUGCUUGUAUUCUUGCAUUUGAUGUUAAAGUUGAAAGAGAUGCACAACUUUUUGCUGAUAAAGAAAAUGUUAAAAUAUUCCAGGCUGAUAUUAUUUAUCAUCUUGAGGAUGCUUUCUUAAAAUAUCGUGAAGAUUUAAGAGAAAAGAAACGUAAGGAAAAUGAACAUCUUGCUAUAUUUCCAUGUAAACUUAGAAUUCUCCCUCAAAAUAUAUUUAAUGCAAGAAAUCCAAUUAUCUGUGGUGUUUAUGUUGAAGCAGGUCAAUUAAAAAAAGGAACUCCAAUUUGUGUACCAUCAAAAGAUAACAUUAUUUUAGGAACAGUUUCAUCUAUUGAAAAAAAUCAUGAAGAUAUAAAUAUUGCUAAACAAGGUGAUGAAGUAUGCAUUAAGAUAGAAAAUACUACCGGUGAUGCUCCAAAAUUAUAUGGAAGACAUUUUACUCAUGAAGAUACUUUAAUUAGUAAAAUUACUCGUGAAACAAUCGAUGUUUGUAAGGCUUAUUAUCGUGAAGAUCUUACAAAAUCUGAUUGGCAACUUAUUGUUCAAUUGAAGAAAAUUCUUGAUAUUUAUUAA